CACACGGUUACAGGACACACAGAACACUGUCUCUUGCACUCCUGCGGUUUACAUAGUACCUUGUCUGUUUUGCUAGCUCUACCACAGAGUCAUUGGGGACAGAUUACCUUGGACAAAGCACCAGGGACCCGGAGCCUUAGACCUCUCCUCUCCUCUAGUCUCCUUAGUAGGACCAGGCUGAAAAUGGGCAAGGCACUCUGUAUCGUGGCUCCCCUGAAAGGAAUGUUUGACUGUGGCUACUGCUAUCAGAUAGAUAUGGGGGCAUUGGUGGGCAUCAUCGCCUGUGACAUCAUCCUGACCCUCCUCAUCGCUCUCGCCGUGUUCUGUUUUGCUUCAUUACGGAAGAAGAGGAGUCAACAGGAAUCCAGACUGGAGGGUAAAGGGAAAACACUCACAGCAUCAAAAAGGAAGACAGUAGAAAUCACAGAGUCUCCCUACCAGGAGCUGCAUGGAAUUCAGUCAGACGUGUACAGUGAUCUCCAACAGUUUCAGAAAUGAGACGGACUGCAUGUAUCUUGCUGCCUGGUGCUUAAAUCUGACAAGGACUGAAAUUUGCACAUCUGGGAUUUAUAUUUAUACUCAUCUCCUUACUGUUAUCUUUCAACUUUUGUGUGUCUUUCUAAUUGUACAGUUAAUAUAAUAGCAUUAGACACAUUCAAGAGAAAUUGUAUAUAUUUUACAUAAAUAGACCUGUUUAUGUUUGUUUAAUAG